UGCCCCGGCCCUGCGUGUCCCGCCGGUGCCGGGGCGGCCUGGGGUGGCGGUGCAUGAAGCGACGAUGUUGCUUGUGCAGAGGUUUCUGCUUGCAGAGGGCGGGUUUGAGGCUGCAACAGUUGAAGAACCUCAUAGCUAAAGUUGGGAAGGCUGCGUGUGUACCCCGAAGCGUUGUUGGAUAUCCUGAUGUGCUUCUUACUGUCUUGUUGGAGCAUGGUGGAUGCAGCUUUGAUGAUCACAUCUUGCUUGAAGUCUUCUCAGAAACCUCAGCCAUGAGGUUAUCUUGCUGAGCAAAACUGUUAUUUAGUGCCUGUUAAUAGAAGAAUAUCAAACCAUCUUGUGACAGCACUGCAUAUGGAACUGUUGGGGUACUGUAGGUGUUACUCUCAGCAGCCCAUCAUGGUUGAUGUAGCAGAGGAGAUGGAUAACCCCACAUUUAAAUGUGACACAGUACUUUCUGAUGUUCAUUUACACUGUCCAAACAAAAGGCACCUCAUGGUACGAUUGAAUGCAGCUGGACAACCAGUAUUUCUGUCAUAUUUCAAACUCCUGUGGAACACAGAAGUUCCAGCAUCUGAGAAACACGUGAGAGAAGCUACAACAGAAGGAGAAAACCAGUACAGAAGUGGCAAUGAACUGUGUGACAAGGACAGGAAUAAUCUAAAAAAGGAAAGAGAAUUUAAUAAUGAAGUAGAAGCUCUGCUAGAUGAUGACGGAGACUUGGAAGUGGUCAGAAGGCCUCGAAGUGCCUCUGAUUUAGAAGCAAAUGAUCUUUUGAGGGAUAGAGUGUAUCCAGUAAUUCUGAUGAAAGGGAAAGAAGAUGCUUUUGAAGAUGAAGAACAAGAAUGCACGUGCAGUGAUGUUAUUAAAAUAGAACAUACUAUGGCAACCCCCUUAGAAGAUGUUGGUAAACAAGUCUGGCGUGCAGCCUUCCUUCUUGCUGAUUACAUUCUCUUUAAACGGGACACAUUCAGGUGUUGCUCAGUGCUAGAGCUUGGAGGUGGAACUGGAAUUACAAGCAUUAUCAUGGGAACAGUUGCCAAGAGAGUUUAUUGCACAGAUGUUGGUGAAGAUCUUCUGAGCAUGUGUGAGCAAAAUGUUGCAUUAAACAAACAUCUGACAGAGACAGGAAGAGGGGAAGUUAAAGUGAAAGAACUGGACUGGCUGAAAGAUGAGUUCUGCACUGAUCCUGAAGCUCCCUAUAGCUGGUCUGAAGAUGAGAUUGCUGAUUUGCAUGAUCACUGCACUGUGAUAAUGGCAGCUGACGUGUUCUAUGAUGAUGACCUGACAGAUGCCUUGUUCAGAACACUGUAUAGAAUCACACACAACUUGAGAAAUUCUUGCACAGUUUACCUAGCAUUAGAAAAGAGGCUGAAUUUCACUUUAAGACAUAUGGAUGUGACAUGUGAGGCCUACAGUCAUUUUAGAAAUAACCUAUAUGAUUUGGAAAACCUCCAAGAUAGAAAAAUGAAAUACACUGUGGAGCCCAUUAAGCCUGAUUUCUGCCAGUUUCUCAUUUAUGAACGAAUUGAGCAGUUGGAAUUGUGGAAGAUCAUUGCUGAACAGCUGACACAGAUGUGAGAAAAUAGAAGAACUUUACUGAAGGAUAAAGGCAUUUUUGAGUUUUAAGGAUUUUUAUCCCAAGAAAAGCAUGGAACUAUAUUCUCAGAAACAAUUGAUCUGCAGAUUUGCUUUACUUCAGUAAGUUUUGAGUUUGGUACUUGGUUUCUGUGAUGUUUUGCAAAGCUGUUUGAUAUUGAUCUUCAGAGUAUGUGCUGGAUGCCAGCCAGUGGCAGUGACACAGUGACUUGCUCUUUGGGAUUGAUGACCUAGGUUUUAGUCUGACAAAGAUGUAUUUAACCUUUUCCAGGUGUCUGAUUUUCAGAUGUCUGACAUUCUCCUUUUUAAUUUUCUGAACAUAGACACUGUUUCUGAUCUCAUCCCACUUCCAUAUUAUUUGUAUCUAUGGACAUUUGUGAAACAGUGCUCUGGUUAAGACCAGUUUGUCUUUUGGAUUAAAGUAUAACAGAUUGAUCAAA